GUAUUUAGAUUGUUUGUUUAUGCUCUGCCUGUAGCCUGUGGAUAGACUCUGUAUGACAUGUUGACCGCCGUGAAACUACAGGCCUUAACCCUACCCCUCCAUAAAUUCAACCGCCACUAUCCACCCGCCGGUAGCCGUCCGGUGAAUCUCUGGCUACCUCGGCGGCGAUGGACUUCACUCUCGGUGCAGCAAUCAAAAAAUGACUCAGUUGUGUUGGAUGGUUCUGCACAAUUUACAUCAAGCGUCGCAACUCCACCGCCUUUGAUUCAGUUGAAUCUCACUCAACGCCACAUUCUACUCCUCAAUUUCAUCGCUUGCGCUACAGCAGUUUCCGCAACUUGGCUUUUUCUGGCGGCUAUUCCCACACUUUUGGCAUUCAAGAGAGCAGCAGAGUCGCUGGAGAAAUUACUUGAUGUUACAAGAGAGGAACUUCCUGAUACAAUGGCGGCUAUGCGAUUAUCUGGAAUGGAGAUUAGUGACCUAACUAUGGAGCUGAGUGAUUUGGGACAGGAGAUAAACCAAGGUGUUAAAAGCUCCACUCGAGCUGUAAGGUUGGCAGAAGAAAAAUUCCGACGGUUUGCAAACAUGUCUCCCCCAGCAUUGAUGCAGGUGGCAACAACGGGACAAACAAAAGCAGCAGGACCAGUGUUAGCUAGAACUGCAAGGGGUAUAAAGGAGGUUAUUGUAAAAGGCCGGAAUGCUGUACAACUAUUUUUCACCCUUACAAAAUGGUCCAGGGUGGCUAUCAACUACUUUAAGUCGCGAACCAAGGCUAGAAUCUGAAUAUGGCUUACAUGGUUAGAGAAACUUGCUUGUGACCUCAUUGCUGUUAUAUUCAGUUAAACUUUCUGUAGCAUUAGGAUAGGAUAUCGUUGCAUUUUAUCUCCUCUGUUCCUCCGUGCCUUUUGGUUUCAACCUAUAGGCUUUGAGUUGUUAGUAACCUUUUAAAUGGGUCGACAAAACUGGAACGACAGAUCCACAUUUUUUGCCUUUUUUUCUUAUGUAAUAUGGAUUACUUUUAAUUUUGUCAAGUAUUUUGUAUCAUCUUUACCCAA